UAGAUUUCAGGGUGGAGGCCGUCACCCUGCCUAGCGCCUCUACUAACCUCGGACUCGGCGUGACGGCGGCAACCGGUCGCGGAGCCGCCCCCCUCGCCCCCUCGCUGCCCGUCGCCCCCCUCGACGCCGCCGCCGCCGCCAGGGAAGAGCCCCGCUGCCGCCGCCGCCCCUACCUCGACGACCGCUCACUGCCAGGACCGCCAUCGUCCAGCCCGACCCGAGACCAGGACCGAAAUCACACCGGGACAGCCGUCGCCCGCCCCCGCACACAUGUCGCAGCUGCACUCCCCGCGCCUCGCCAAUCCUUAGGUCUUGUUUGCCGCCAUCGUGCCGCCCUCGCGUGCUCCCGGCAUGGCCCAGCUGGAAAUACCGUCCAUAGUGGUUCACAACGGAUCAAGCAGCACGCCGGGCAGCCCCAGCAUGGAGCGCCCCUCCAGAUCACUGCGCCAGCACCGUACCCUCUCAAAGCAGAUUUCCCUCCUGGACGACGACUGCGAUGAAGGCUUGGAUGACAGCAGGGACUUGCUGCCUGAGAGUCCAACCUCACACGGUGCCAACCACACCCUCUCGGCCAACACUGCUGGUCUUGAUGAAGUGUCUCCGCCGCUACCUACAACCAACUUCACUCAUCACCACAGUGGCCUGCCCCAUGGCCCUGGACCAGGAGGAGGAGGAGGAGGUGGAGGAGGAGGUGGUGGUGGCAGUAGUGGUGGUGGAGGUGCUAGUGCUGGGGGUGGAGGAGGAGGAGGAGGAGGAGGAAGCAAUAGUAUUGGAGGAGGAGGAGGAAGGAGAAAAGAAGAAGAGGAAGAAGGAGAGGAAGGGGUGGGAAGAGGAACAGUGGGGGACAGUGGAGGAAGUGGUGGGAACAAUGGCUGCAGCAGAAAUAGUGCCUCCAAUAGUCAGUCAGGUCUCAGUGCACCCAAUCAAUGUGGUUCAGUUCUUGGUAAUUCUGGCCAAACACGCUCUAAAUCUCUGGAAUUAAAUCAGCAACGCUCAACCGAAUCUGAUAAAGACGCGCCUCUAGUCACGUCUGCAAGACACAGGCAUCAUGGAGGGAAGCUAAAACUCUUGCAACGAAGCCAUGCCAUGCGCGAAGACACAUCACCGCCACCAGAGAUUCUGGAGCCAGCACCCCCCUCACCCCACUGUAACAGCCACUCGAGCAGUGGGGGUAGCAAUACCCUCACUGUGACCUCAGGUGGUGGCAACAGGAGGCGACUGAAGCAUCAGGGUUCCUCACAGGGGUCCUUUGAUGGGUCCUCGCCCUGUUUGUCGCGAGAUUCAUCAAUGGAGUAUACAGACAGCAGUGGUGUUGACUUGCAGCAGUUCAUCAUCCAGACACUUCACAAGAACCAAAAGGACCGUAUGAUGCUCCUAAAAAUUGAGCAUGAGCUGGUCAAUCUCGUGAAGGACACCAAGCGAACGCACCACAAGUUUCCUCCAAUGUCAUCAUACCAACGAAUGCUUGUUCACCGGUGUGCUGCAUUUUUUGGACUCGAGCAUAAUGUAGACCAAGCUGGAACUGCUGUCAUAGUCAACAAAACGCGGAACACACGCCUUCCUGAGACGCGGUUCAGAGACCACUGCCGUGAUGAUCUCUUAGUGCCAGACGAACCUAAGAGGUCCAUACUUAAAAGAGACUCAUCAUCCUUUGAUGAUGGGUCUAAUUAUAAGUCCCUAGAUAGACAGUACAGCUCAGAGUCCAGGCGGAGCAAGAGCUUCGAGGAACGAGAAGAGGAGUACGAAAAAGUAAGGAAGCGAAUAUUCAGUCAGGAGUCUUUGUCAUCAGCUGAUGGUCUAGGAGACUCACCUGUCAGAGGUCAUGAUUCAAGAAGAAACUCCCAAGAUGACUCACGGUGGCAUGACUCACGACACUGGAAUUUUAUAGACUCAGAGAUCUCACAUCGAAAACAUCAUUAUGACAAUCAUAGAUUAAGGCCAGGCAGAUUACCAAAGGUGGAGUCAUUCGAGAGCAGAGAUACACUCCAUCCAAGAUCACUAAGACCACCUGUCUUUAAGUCACACAGCUUUGGGGGAUAUAGUGGUGGUGUUACUGUUUUAUCUAGAGGAGAAUCGGUUUCGAGUAAUAUAUCUUCUUCUAGAUUAAGUAAACAGGACUCAACCAGUAGCCGUUUAAGUGACCAGAGCAGCAGUUCCGGGUAUAAAACACAAAGGCAAGACACCAGUUCCACCAAUGUGUCGAACACCCUCUCCACCACGCCUUCCCCAACUACUAGUCAGCAUCAGCACACUUCCAGUGGUCAGAAUGCGGGUAUGUGGGGAGGUGAAGGUGAUGGUCAGGCAGUAAUGUGGGCAGUAACAGAUAUGGAAGCUGUGCCAGCUGGUGCAAUGCUUAUAAACCCACAGAGUGGACAACCAUACAUGAACUCUGAUGGAUCUGUCUAUCGAUUUGAUCCAAACAAUCCGCCACAAAUCAGUCCCAGUGUGAUUGCCAGCACUACAGCAAGCGGAAGCACUAGAGAAAAGGAGCCAACAGUAGAAAAGGAAGCAACAGGUUGUUUAGGAGGAAGUUUAGGAGUAACGCAACCAUCAGCCGUCUCCCCUGCUUCCUCCCAUGACCUCCCUCCUUCAACGUCGUCAAGCGUUUGUAGUCCACCAAGUAAACAGCCAAGUCAUCAGCAGAGCUCACCAGAACCUCCUCCACACAGUGCGGUCACUUGUGUAACAUCUACAAGUGAAGUAAGAGAGUCAGAAACUAACAGUGAUACAAGUAAUGGAAAUACGGGUGAAGUCAUCCAGCAACCUCCUCAGAUGAUCUAUCCACAGUAUUAUCAACAUUCACAGCUAGAUGCAAGAACAUUCUCACAGGAGGGUGGCGUGAAUGAAGUGACCAGUAACCUCCGAGCCCUGUGUUUAAGUGGUCCAAACAAUGGGGGAGAGAGCAACAGUGACAUCACAACAAUUCAGAUGUCUGCGGCUCCAGUCCAUCAGAGUUAUGUUGUUCCUCGACAGUACUCGCAGCCUGUGUACUACAUGCCAGCAGGAAGUAUGGGGAACAUGAGUGGAUCCCUAAAGUAUGUGUACCCCCAGUACCAGAUGGCUCCAGUACAGGCAACUCCAACUGGAGUACAGGCAACGACAGGAGUACAGUCAGCGAAUAUACAGCAGGUUCAAGCUAUUCCUGCUGUCCCAGCUGUGCCAGCUGUGCCAGGGGGUAUUAGUGCAGCACCAGCACCCCCAGCUGGGCACCAUGCUACAUUGGAGCACAACCAUGUCAUACCUCCAGGUGGAGGAUAUGUCCCAGGAGGCUACACAGUUGUCACUUACCCAGCAGGAGGUAGUGUUGGAACUGGCGCCAACGGACAGGAGACAGGAGGCACGACGUACUACUACCAGCUCCCUGCAGCCGCUGCAGCUGGCCUCAGUGGCCCCAUCCCAGCUGCACAGCCAGUUCCAACAAGUCUACAGCAAUAUACUCUAACGCCAACUACUUCUAACUCGUAUCCACAAUUUGUUACAUAUGAAGGCUUUUACAUAAGCCAAAGCUGUCUGGAGACUCAGCUGAAACAUUGAUACCAAACAAUCAAACAGCACAUUAAAUGGACUACAGACAUUGAAAAAGAUUUUUUCUUUUGCUUUUGUUUUGGUUACCUGAUGACUUGCUUGGGUGUGCAAAGUGGAUGACUCCUAGACACCAACAGUCAGGAAGAGAGAGUGGGAAGAGCACCAUGUAACUUGUCCCGUAGCAUGGAAUGAACCUUGGACUUUGCCGUCAUUUGUGUGAAUACUGCUGAUCGGAUGGUGUGUUUUUUUUUUUUUUUUUUUUUCUUUAGAUCAAGAUGGAUUGGUAACUUCGGUGAUUUGAACUCAAACACUGAGAAUAACUGAUAGAUUAGCUUCAUCUAUGUUUUCAUGAUAAAAGAGAAAAAAAUGACAAUUUGCUAAUCGGAUAAUGUUGACCUCAGGAACUAGAAAACUAACACUGCUUACAUGGAAAACAAAGGAAAUGUGUAAAAAUUGGAAACUGAAUAAUCAUACAACUUUAUUGUCAGAUUUAAGGAUUUCUCUCUCCACAGUUCAAGUUUAGGCCAAACUUUCAUUAUGAGAAAGUAGAGAAAAAUUGGAUUUCAUUCAUUCAGAAAUAAAAUGAACAAGCACUAGAUAUUGACGUGACAGCUACAGUGUAAUGAAGUCUGGCAUGGAAAAUUUUAAUAUGUCGCCCACUUUAUGUCUAAUGUGAUAACCGUAAUGGAAAUGGAAAUUAUUUGCCUUAUUCAUAAUGUCCAUCAGAGAGGAACAGAGUUAUAAAUCAGUUUGAUAAAUGUUUGAAAAGUAGGAAUGAGAGCGAGUCAUUUUACAAUACAAAUAUGUGAUAACUGUUUUGAAAUCACAUCUUCAAGCAAACUUGCUAAGAAAUAUUAUCCCCACGGCUGAGGUUAGGUAUGUAUGAAAUUUAGAUUUAGAGUUUGAUUUUUAGAAUUUAUGACUGGAAAUUAUAUUUUUUUCUCUAUGAAUAAGGCUCUUGUAUGCAUUCAACAAGACCUUAUUUUUUUUACUGGAAAGGAGUGUCAAGCUAUACUACAAAUGUAAAUCAACUAUUUCUUGCUGUGUUUUCCGUAAGGUCAUAUUUCAUGACUCCCUGUCUGAGUUUCAGGAUUAUUUUAGUUUAGCUUAUAUAACUGUUUAUGAUCUUAUGUAAGCUAUUUUCAAAUUUGUUUUAAUCAGAAGGCUUCAUGUGGAAAUACGAUCAUAAUCUAACUAUCUAUCUUUCUUUUUUUCAUGUUACAGAUUGGAGGCCAGGAGCUAAUUUCAGGAGUUUUUAAAAUAGAUGUUUGUUAAUUUAUUGUUUCUACUAGUAUUGUUUACCUGUUGAUGUAAACAAAUUACUGUACUGUUCUUUUACAUUUUGACUCCUUUUUAUGUUGUUUACUACAUGUCCAUUUCUCCAAACGUGUGACACGGCAUCUAAAUUAUUUAUCCUUGUUCCCCUUCUGUUUCUGUUAUGAAGGUAAACAUUUUGGAUUAAAGAUUAAAUUUUA